GACAACAUGCUGGGGACUCUCUGUACUCUCAUCACUGCUCUGUCAUGUGCCAGUGGUGUGAUUGUGGUGACACAGAAGCCUCCUGUUCUCACAGUGAGUAAAGGACAGACAGCCACUAUGGACUGUAAUCUGGGGACUGUUACUAAUGCUGUGGCAGCGUGGCAUAAACAGGUUCCAGGAUCAGCUCCUCAGCAUGUGCUAAGAGAUUAUCAUAGCUGGAGCUCUCCCAGCUAUGGCUCUGGCUUCUCCUUUCCCAAAUUCACAUCAAAGCACUCAUCCCAAUCAGAUUACAGUCUGAUCAUUAAUAAUGUGGAGGUGGGAGACUCUGCAGUGUAUUACUGUCAGACAUGGGACGGCUCUGGUAAGGAGGCCACUGUCCUCCCAGCUCCUGUUCUCACUCUCUUCCCUCCAUCCAGUGAGGAGCUGAAGUCAGACAAGGUCACUCUGGUUUGUGUGGCUAAUGACCUCUCUGUGGGUUUUGCUGAUGUCAGUUGGACAGUGAGUGGGAAAUCAGUCACUGAUGGAGUUUUCACCAGUUCUGCUGAAAAACAGAGCAACCACAAAUUCAAAGUGAGCAGUUAUUUGAGCCUUCCAACCUCGGAGUGGGAGAGUGACAAGGAGGUUUCAUGUCAAAUGUCAGUUGGAUCCAAAUCCUCUGAGAAGAAGAUAAAGAAGUCUGACUGCAGUAACUGAA